CCGAGUCCAAGUCCUCCUACCUUUCUUUUCCGACCCUACCUACCAUAGUGCAUGAGAUAGUGUAUCUAUUGAUUGUCUAUCUAGUUCCAGAGUCUACCUGGGACUUUGUGCAAUUUACCUUACACCAUUACAUGUUCUUGCGCCUAUUCCUCAGAGGCCCUUCCACCAUCAAAUCCUACUCAACCAUGACUCGCGCUCAUAUCAAAGUCGCUGCCAACGACUUUCUCGACUUCGUCAAUGCAUCUCCGACACCUUUCCAUGCAGUCAAAUCUGUCAAAGAACGGUUAAGCAAGGUCGGGUUCAAGGAAAUCAAGGAAAAGGAGUCCUGGUCGUCAACAUGCCAGCCCGGCGGUAAAUACUUCCUCACUCGAAACGGUUCUACGGUCGUUGCAUUUGCGAUUGGCAAGAAAUGGAAACCGGGCAACCCGAUCUCGAUGAUUGGAGCACACACCGACUCUCCCUGCCUGCGGAUCAAGCCUGUCAGUAAGAAACAAGGGGACGGCUUCAUCCAGGUCGGCGUGGAGACAUACGGAGGUGGGCUCUGGCACACUUGGUUCGAUCGUGACCUGGGCAUCGCUGGUCGCGCCAUGGUACGGGGCCGAGAUGGGAAUGUAGUUCAAAAGCUGGUCCGCGUAGACAGGCCGAUUCUACGUGUCCCUACCCUCGCUGUACAUUUGGAUCGACAAGAAACCUUCAAUUUCAACAAAGAAACCCAGCUAUUCCCUAUCGCUGGUCUCGUUGCUGCCGAACUCAAACGGCAGGAUGACAAGAAGGGUCAGGGUAAAGUCGAGAAUAAUGAUCAGGAGGAAUACGGGCAGAGCAAGCCCUUUACGCCACUGAAAGCCAUCACGACCAGACACCAUUCCCACAUUGUCGAGCUGAUUGCCGCGGACGCUGGAGUGUCACCUGAAGAUGUGGUCGAUUUCGAGGUCGUGCUCUACGAUACGCAAAAGGCGUGCUUGGGUGGACUCAGCGAGGAAUUCAUCUUUUCAGCCAGACUGGAUAAUCUGAACCAGACGUACUGUGCGACCAUGGGCCUGAUCAACUCCGUAGAGUCGGCAUCCGCGCUGGACGACGAGUCGUCGAUCCGUCUCAUCGCCUGUUUUGACCACGAGGAGAUUGGUAGUAUGACGGCUCAAGGGGCAUUCUCGACCAUGCUCCCUGCCAUCAUCCGCCGGAUUUCAGUCCUACCGUCUUCGUCGUUCGUCGACGGCUCCGAACAAUCAUACGACCACGCCGUCGAUCCGGACGUCUCCACGGCGUACGAACAGACUCUGUCGAGCUCGUUCCUGCUGUCGGCCGACAUGGCCCAUUCGGUCAACCCCAACUACGGGGCCAAGUAUGAACCGGACCACAAGCCAGAGAUGAACCAGGGUCCCGUGAUCAAGAUCAACGCGAACGCGAGAUACGCCACAAACUCGCCAGGCAUCGUCCUGCUGCAAGAAGUGGCACGAAAGGCGCCCAAGAUCAUCGACUCGGACGCCGAAGGUGUGCCUUUGCAACUCUUCGUGGUGCGAAACGAUUCGAGCUGCGGAAGUACCAUUGGUCCCAUGUUGUCUGCCCACCUGGGUACCCGAACCCUUGACCUUGGAAACCCUCAACUCUCGAUGCACAGUUGUCGUGAAACGGGCGGUGCGGACGAUGUCCAUCAUGCCAUCAGACUGUUUAGCAGUUUCUUCCAGCACUACUCAUCUCUGGAAAAGUCCAUUCUGGUAGACUAGAGCAUGUCCAUACGUGAGCUUGGAGCCUGAGAUUUCGAAUUUGGUUGUGAUGGACUUUGUAUACCGAAGCUGAUGCCAUACACAACGCAAUGCCACAGAGAGAAAACCAAGUCUUUUGUGUCUAUACAUGUAUGCCUGUGUCUAUCCAUCCUCUCCCUUUUGUAUAAGGAUAUCUAUCGUCGCAAACAAGGACACCAAAAAAGCACCCGAACCCGACUC